AUGAGUACUGACCAUCAUGAUGAUCCUACUAUUCCUAAGAUCGAUAUACAUACCCAUAUACUCCCUCAAGAUUGGCCAUCUAUUGGUGGUUUCGAUCUACGUUUAGUAGACCUACCUAAAGACGAUGAUAUUGGUCGUAAUGCAGGGUUUAUCAAAAGGAUGGAAUGGGGUGAUGGCAAACUGUUCAGGAAGGUGAAGCCUAAUUGUAUCGAUCCUCAUGUUGUUAUGAGAGAAUGUGAAUCUUGGGGUGUUAAUGUCCAAACAGUAUGUACAGUACCUGUCUUAUUUAAUUAUCAUUUGGAUCCAACAUCUGGUAUAGAAUGGAGUAGAUUCCUUAAUGAUUCCCUUGCUGGACAAGUAGGAAUGUAUCCUAGAAGGAUGGUUGCUUUAGGUACCUUACCAUUACAGCAUCCAGAAGAGGCUGCUAAAGAGAUGAAAAGAGCUGUUAUGGAGAAGGGUAUGAGAGGCUUCCAGAUAGGAAGUCAUAUUAACUCAUGGACUCCAAAGGGAGGGAUAGAGAAUAUAAUGCUUAAUGAUAAGAGGCUCAUGCCAAUAUGGCAUACUGCCAAAUCAUUAGAUGUCGGAAUAUUUGUACAUCCAUGGGAUAUGGAAUGGUGUUGGCAAGAGUAUUGGUUACCAUGGUUAGUAGGGAUGCCUACUGAAGUAAGUCUAGGUAUGUGUUCUAUUAUGUUGGGUGGUAUAAUAGAUAAGGUUCCUGAUUUGAAGAUAAUGUUUGCCCAUGGUGGAGGGUCUAUACCAGGUACCUUAGGAAGGAUAGAAUGGGGUUGGAGAUGUAGACCUGAUCUAGUUGCUAAGGAUACUCAAGUAAAUCCAAGAGAUGCUGUAAAGGGAGUAUAUGUUGAUAGUAUAUGCCAUGACCAGACUAUGCUACACAUUAUUAUUAACAUGUUUGGUGCCAAUAGAGUAGCCCUUGGAUCGGACUAUCCCUUCCCCCUUGGUGAAGUUAAAUCUCAACUUCUGUAUGGUACUGCUAUUGACUUCUUAGGAAUCAACCCCAAGGAGUAUGAUAUCCCAAUAUAA